AUAACUCCGCUGCAUUAAAUAUCCCCUUCAAAAUAAAAGCACACAUUGUUUUGUUUUUUUUCAUCUGCGACCCACCAGCCGAGAACCACUGAUUUAGAACAGUGAUGGAACUUUUACUCUGAAACUGCACACUCCGGUACCCUAGGUGGCGGUAUGCACCUAUUCAAUUAGGUUGCGAUCCGCCAAGCAAAUUUAAAGAAGAAGAGCACAGCUGUUUGUUGGAUCUCUCUCCCAGUAAAACGAGUCUUCAUGGCCUCGCGCCGGUCGGUGCAGGUCUACCUGGACCUGCUGUCGCAGCCCUGCAGGGCGGUGCACCUGCUACUGAGCUGCACCGGGAUCCCGCACACGGUCCGCACGGUGGCCUUGAGGAAAGGAGAGAACCGAACUCCAGACUUCACGAUGAUGAACCCGAUGCAGAAAGUUCCGGUGAUGGAGGACAACGGGUUUAUACUGACGGAGAGUGAUGCCAUCAUGAAGUACCUCUCCACCAGGUACGAUGUCCCUGAUCACUGGUAUCCACGGCAACCAGAGAGACGAGCCAGAGUAGACGAGUACACAGCGUGGCAUCAAAGUAACACGAGACCUCAUGCUGCUAAAGUGUUUAUACUGGAGGUGCUCCUCCCGGUCCAGACCGGCUCCCCAGUGGACGAGGUGCGUUUGGUUCGCGCUCUGUCUCAGCUGGAGGAGACCCUGGAACGACUGGAGUCCAUGUUCCUGAGGAGACAGCCCUUCCUGUGCGGUGAUGACAUCAGCGUGGCCGACCUGCUCGCCGUCUGUGAGCUCAUGCAGUGUGUGCCUGCAGCCUCUGGGGGGGGGCAGAGACGUCCUGCAGCAGCGUCCUCAGCUGCAGCGCUGGAGGACCAGAGUCCGCUCGGCCGUUGGCAACACCUUCGACCGAGCUCACGCCGUCCUGUAUGCCAUCAGAGAGCGCCACGCCGCCAAGCUGUGACCUCACAGGCCCCGCCCACCUGACCGAGGGAGGAGCCAAUCACGCUCCGGCGUCAGAUGAUGUCACGAGGUUUGAACUCAUGAUGUGAAUCAGAUGUUUAAUGAUCACUUGAAAAAAAUGUUGAAUGAAGAAAAGAAAUAAAGUUUUGAGAUUCUA